UAUAUAAUAGAAGCGUUAUAAUAAGAUUUCAAGUAUCAUUCCAACACUAAUAACUAUCGUUUCGCCUUGCAGUUCUGUCCAUAUUGCAGUUGAAAUAUGGGCCAAGAGGUAUCGCAACAGCAGCAGCAACACCACAACCAUAACCACAACCACAACCAGAACCAGAACCAGAACCACCACCAGAACCACAACCUGAACCAUAACCUUAACCUUAACCAUAAGCGUGGCCAGCCGCAUCGUAAGAGCUACAAGGAUCCCAUCUAUACGCCCGCCAGCCAUCUGUCUAGCAGCUCCAGCUCGAACAGCACCGACAAUUACGACGCCAACUACAGACUGCGGCACAAGUACAAUCUGACGAAGCAGACGUACGAGCGCACCAAGAUCCUGGCCGGCAACGUUACGAACCGAAGCAGCCUACCGUUGGACAGCGAUUCCCAUUACGCCAAGUUGAACGGCACGUAUCUGCAGCGCAGCAGUUCGCAGAGCUCGGACAGCGGCAUAUACAACUCGUCCUGUCACUGCUCGUCGCUAUCCUCGCUAUCCUCUUCGGCGAUUAGCAGCAGUUCGGCCAGCUCCAGCAGCGGCUGCCCCAGCUCGCUGCUGUCCAGCAAGUCCGGCCGUUCGCUGGACAAGCAGAAACACUAUCUGAGCCAUCAUUUGUAUAUCAAGUCCUAUUUGGACAUCUUAGAGGAGGACGAGCGGGCGCGCGCCCAUUUCAAGUCGGCCCGGCCGGGUGGCAUACGCAACUACACGCCCAAAAUAUUAGGAGGCGGCGACUCGGCCAGCUCAACACUGUCGGCCAGUGCGCCCGCCGACAGCUUCGGCUAUCCACAUUCGAAUCCAGCGAGCAAGCAACGCGCCAGUGUUAGCUCCAAUUGCUCAACGAACGCAGUCGUUGCGGCCAGGAAUAGUCAGGGCUAUCAAAGCGUCGAUCCCGAGAACAAGGUUCAGGAGCCAUCAAUCAUACGUCGCCAAUAUGAUUUCGUUGUGAUUGGCGGUGGCUCCGCUGGCGCUGUGGUGGCCAAUCGCUUGAGUGAGGUGCGCAACUGGACGGUGCUGUUGCUGGAGGCGGGUGGCGAUGAGACGGAGAUCUCGGAUGUGCCCGCGCUGGCGGGCUAUCUGCAGUUGACCGAUCUGGACUGGAAGUACCAGACGACGCCCUCAUCGACGCGCCAAUACUGCCAGGCCAUGAAGGGCGAUCGCUGUUUCUGGCCACGCGGCAAGGUGCUCGGCGGCAGCUCCGUACUGAAUGCCAUGGUCUAUGUGCGCGGCUCGAAGAACGACUACGAUCACUGGGCUUCGUUGGGCAAUCCCGGCUGGGACUACAAUCACAUGCUCAAGUACUUUUUAAAAUCGGAGGACGUACGCAAUCCGUACCUGGCGGCCACACCCUAUCACGAAACGGGCGGCUAUUUGACGGUGCAGGAGGCACCGUGGCGAACACCGCUCUCCAUCGCCUUUCUGCAGGCGGGCAUUGAGAUGGGGUAUGAGAAUAGGGACAUAAAUGGCGCCAAGCAGACGGGAUUUAUGCUCACCCAGAGCACUAUACGCCGCGGGUCCCGCUGCAGCACCGGCAAAGCCUUCAUACGCCCCGUGCGCCUCCGUAAGAAUCUGGAUGUGCUGCUCCACGCGGAGGCAACACGGUUGCUGCUCGACAAGGAUAAGCGUACUGUGGGCGUGGAGUAUAUAAAGGGAGGCCGCAAGCAGCUGGUGUUUGUGAGACGCGAGGUUAUCCUCAGUGCCGGAGCGCUCAACUCGCCAAAGUUACUGAUGCUGAGCGGAAUUGGUCCGGCCGAACAUCUGCAGGAGCACAAUAUUCCCGUUAUAUCGGAUCUGCCGGUGGGCAACAACAUGCAGGAUCACGUGGGUCUGGGCGGACUUACGUUUGUAGUGGAUGCACCACUGACCGUAACGCGGAAUCGCUUCCAGACCAUACCCGUCUCCAUGGAGUACAUAAUGAGGGAGCGCGGACCUAUGACCUUUUCGGGCGUCGAGGGCGUCGCCUUCUUGAAUACCAAAUAUCAGGAUCCAGCGGUCGACUGGCCAGACGUACAGUUUCACUUUCUGCCCAGCUCGAUCAACUCUGAUGGCGGCGAGCAGAUACGCAAGAUCUUGAAUCUAAGGGAUGGCUUCUAUAACACAGUCUACAAGCCGCUUCAGCACAGCGAAACCUGGUCUAUACUGCCGCUCCUGCUGCGACCCAAGAGCAGCGGCUGGGUGCGCUUGAAUUCGCGCAAUCCACAGCAGCCGCCAAAGCUGAUACCCAACUACUUUGCGCACCAGCAGGACAUCAAUGUGCUGGUCGAGGGCAUCAAGCUGGCCAUCAAUGUGUCCAACACGCAGGCCUUCCAGCGGUUCGGCUCACGGCUGCAUAACAUACCGUUGCCCGGCUGCCGGCAUCUGCCGUUCCAAUCGGACACGUAUUGGGCAUGCUGCAUUAAGCAGUUCACAUUCACCAUUUACCAUCCGUCGGGCACUUGUCGCAUGGGCCCCAGCUGGGAUGUUACUGCCGUUGUCGAUCCACGCCUGCGGGUCUACGGCGUCUCGGGACUGCGCGUGGUCGACGCCAGCAUCAUGCCGACCAUUGUCAACGGCAAUCCGAAUGCGCCGGUCAUAGCCAUCGGCGAGAAGGCAUCGGACAUGAUCAAAGAGGAUUGGGGCGCACGCCGUGCACCGGCCGUAGCAGCCGCUGGCUAG